UGAGGCAAGUUGUGUAAGUGACCCCUCUUGUCUGCUUCGAGACAAUAAAUAUAAAUUUUUGAAAGUAGCAAAUUAUACUUACGUCUUGUUUUUCUUUAAACAAGGUGAGUGAAUAGUGUUCAGACAUGCCGACGUCUCCUGUUAAAACCCGCAUCCCUCUCACUAGUUUCGGGCACCUCAUAACAGAGGUGAAGAGGCAGCUGUUUGGCAUCGAGCCGCCAGCAUCUGCGGAACUGACCGGUUUGAGAAAGUACUUCAAUAGCUACACGCUGCAGGGGCGCCGAAAUUGCGUCUUGGCUACUUACGGCAUCUUGCUAGUAACAGCGACGGCCUAUUCCAUGCACAGACAAGACAAAAAGGAAGCUCGGAAGGACUGCUCUGCCUGAAAAAAAAAAACGGUUAUGUUUUUGACCCAUUAUUUAUGCUGUGAAGACAUAAAGUGGGACAGAAAUAAAGGUUUCAUUAUA